AUGUUGGUUCGAAACGGAUUUCGAUUUUUUAAUUUCGCAUUCUCGCCGCCGACCAAACAUAAUAUUUUAUUCAUCUCGAUUUUUCUAUUUAUCAUCUCAUAUCAUAAUGUAAAUGCAAAUCCGGAUCCAGUUCCAAUGCCGGAAGCACUUCCGAGUCUUGGAGCUGGUGCUAAUCCUGAAUUUUUGGAUAGAUUAAGAUCAUUUGUAAGUUUUCUUCAACUAUGACCAAAAAGCAAUAAAAAAUUCGGGUUUUCAGGUGCCAAAUGGAACAAAACAUGAUAUUUUGAUAAGUUAUUUAGCGGCGAUUCCAACAAUUUCGUUGGAUGUUCAAAAUUUAUUACUUUCUGGAUCUGUUACUCAAGAGCAUAAUUAUAAAUUUGAACUUUUGUCAAAUUGUUUGAAAACAAAUCAUGCAUGUGAGUUUGAAAUUAUUAUGUUUCCAAAUAAAAAAAAAUGAUUUUCAGCAAAUUAUGGAUCAUCGGGUGCAUUGGUUGCUGCAAUCGCUGAAAUCAAUGAUGAUCCAGAUCUGUUACCAAAUCAUAAUAUUCGCUGGUUAUAUGGAAAUACGUGUGGAAAUGAAUCAAUUAGUACUCGAUUAUUUAUGCAACAUUGGCAAGCGGGAGCACGACUUUUUGUUGGACCAGAAACUCAUUGUAAAACAGAAGCAGCGAUGGCAACUUCACAGAAUCUACCAAUGUUGAGUCAUGCUUGUAACGAUCAAGAAGUUUCGAGAGAAGAGUGAGUUCAAUUUAUAAAAAAGGUUUUCAUAUUGUAUUGUAUUCGAAUUCUUUUUAGUUACCACUACAGUACUUUUGCUCGAACUGUUCCACCGGGCGGAGAAAUCUUUGAAGCAUAUUUUUCACUGAUGGAUCAUUUCAAAUGGAGGAAGUUUUCGGUGAUUUAUGUUAUUGAAGAUGAAAAAACUGAAAAUGAAAUGAUCAAUACAUUGAGAACUACUCUACAAAAAGUGAAUUUGAAUCGAACUGGAAAUCAUUUUGAAAUUAUGAAUGUUUCGAAUUUGAAGAUCAGAGAGGUUAAGCUGAAUGGAAUUAUUAGAGAGCAUCUCAAACAAACGAUGGAUACAACUAGAAGUAAGUGUUAAAAAUUUGUAAAAAUUUUGUAUUACUGUUUUUUUUCAGUUUACUUGACCUUCGGAGGAAUUUCAAUCUACCGAAUAUUUUUGAAAGAAAUGGGCGAUCUCGGAUUAUUCGAUAAAGGAUAUGUGUUGAUUUAUGUUGAUGCCGAAUAUGAAUGGCAAGAUGUCUAUCAUGCGAUGAAUAAUGAUUUUUAUAGAGGUAUUUUUCUGAUUUUUUGUUUCAAAAAUUUACAAACUGACAAUACUUUUUUCCAGACACAAUGCGAGUUCUUCAUGAAUUUUGGGAUGAGGAAUCUGAAAAAAUGGUGGAGUAUUCGAGAAACUCGCUGGCAAUUAUACAGACGCCGGUGAAAUUGAACUCUGUGAAAUUUAAUAAUUUUUGGAAGAAAGCUGUUAGUCAUUUGCAUUAUUUUGGAGUUGAUAUCAAUGUUAAAAAGGUAAAUAUUUUCAGGAAUCAGAAAAAAAUUGGAUCUAUUGUCCAAUUGUUGUGACCCAAUGAAAAGUUUUCAGGAUCCGAAAGAAAAAACAAAUAUCUUCAAAGGAACUCGAUCAGCUUGUUAUCUUUAUGACGCGGUUUAUUUAUAUGCACGAGCUGUUGAUGAACUUGUAAAAGAAAAUGUAAAUCGAACUGGAUAUGAUCCAACUGCUGAUGGAUCAGCGAUUAUCAAGAAAAUUGUCGGGAAAAAUUAUCGAAGUAGGUUUUCAUUAUUUUUGUAUCUGAGAUGACGUGGGAAAUAGAAACCAUCAAUCUCCGGAAUAAUUAGGGGUGUAGCUGAAAAUUUGUUAUUUUUGUUAUUUUUUUCUCAAAAAAAAAUCAGAAGCUCACUUGGAAAAGUUGUUUGAUCUUGAUCGUCUACCGUAGUCGUGGAAGUUUCAUCUUCUUGACAAAUUAUGAAAAGAAUUAGAAGAAAUAUGAAAAAUGUUAUUUUCAACAUUUAAAUUUGUUAUCACUUUCAAUAUUUUAUACAUUUUAUAGCUCAAAACAACUCGUUAAAUUUAAUAGUUUUUUUUUUGAAAAUUGAAAACAAAUAUCACGCAUGAAUUUUCGAGUUUUUACUUUUUGGUUUUUGAGUCGCACGUUCGUGUGGUGAAAAAACUGGUGGAAUUUUUGUCUGAAAAAAAAACAAAUGUUGAAAAUUAAUAUGAGCAACACUCACAUUUCUCAAAUCUGCCAAUAAACCAAUAUUGAAAAUUAGCAAUAAAAACACAACAAAACAAGUUGAAAGUUUCAUUUUCUUCAAAAAAAAAUAUUAUUAAGUUAUCAGUUGUUUUUAUACAUUUUAUACAUAUUUUAGAGCUUAUCAUAGAAAAUUUGUGCACUUUUAUCUUCCACCACCAAUUUUGGCGCCAAGAGAAGCGCCUAGAGCUGGAAGAGCAGCAUCUUUCACAGCUCGCGCACCUUUGCUAAUUGAUCGACCGAGUUUUUUGAAAAAACCACGUCGAACUCGCGAAACCUGAUUCAAAAAAAAAACAGAAAGUUAAAAAAAAUGUUCCAAAAACUUACUGGAACUUCAUAAUUUGCUAGAAUUGUUAGAAUGAGAAUAGAAAAAAAUAUGAAGCGGAAAAUAUUCAUUUUGAUGAUUUCAUUCUUAUGCUAUGGUUUUUAUAGGAGAUAUUGUUUAUUUAUUUUGUUUCGAGAGCAAAAACACGAACUGAUCAUCUGAACAUUUUUUGUUUGGAUAGAACUGGGCUUAGGUUAGAAAGUUUUACAAAACCAAAAUUUCGAGCCAAUUUAUAGCUUCAAAAAAAUUCAUUCAAAGAUUUCAUUAAUCAGAAUCAGCAUCAAAAUACGAAGUAUUUACAACAACUCCGGUUCCAAUUCGAUAUAAAUUUUCUUCCGAUGUUUGUGGCAAGAUUUUUGUAUCCGAUGAAUCUCCGCGACCAACUGGAGAAUGUUGACAGAAAACUAGAGUUAUGACAAAUACCAAAAAGUAUAGAAUAUUGAAAAUGUGCAUUUUAUUUCUAAAACAGUAGAAAUGUUAUCAUUAACAGUAAUCAUUUUUGUUUAUAUAAGUUUUAAAAAAAACAAACAGAUAAAAACUCUACAAAAAUAAUAAAUAAAAAUGAUGUUUUGUUCAGGUAUUCAAGGAUUCGAUAUGGUUAUUGAUGAAAAAGGAAAUUCGAAGGGAAAUUUCACAGUUUUGAGUUGGCAGAAUGUAGUUCCAAUCACGAAUAAGUCAGAUACAAAAUAUUAUCCAUUAACUCAUGCACUUGAUGUUAGCGCAACAUUUUUGGCAAAUCAAUCAAGUCUUCCAAUUUUAUUUAUGAAGAAAAAUAUAACUUGGAAGAAUAAUGAAAUACCAUUAGAUGAACCAAUUUGUGGAUUUAAUGGAGAAAAAUGUGAAAAUACAAAUUCGUUGACACCAAUAACAAUGUCAAUUCUUGGAAUUCUCGCAUUUUUCGCUGGAAUUGUUGCAAUAUUUAUUUAUAGAAGUCAGAAAUUUGAAAAAGAAUUAUCAAUGAUUUGGAGAAUUGAUUCAAGUGAAAUACAAAGAGUUAUUGGAGGUGAAUCGACUGUUUCAUUAAUGGCUCCAACAAAAGCGGAUAAGAAAAUGAGUUGUAAUGCAUGGUUUAAUGAAGCUGAAGUAAAAGGAUCUGGAAUGAGAGGAGUUGCUGCAUAUAAAGGAACAUUGGUUGCAUUAAAAGAGAUUGUUUAUUAUAGAAAACCGAGGGAGUUGAAUCGAGAGACUAAAAAGGAAUUAAGAGUUAUGAGACAGUUAGCUCAUUCAAAUAUCAAUAAUUUUUUGGGAAUUAUAAUUUGCCCAACUUCGAUUUGUACAGUUAGAGAAUUUUGUUCGAAAGGAUCACUUUUGGAUAUUUUGAGAAAUACGGAUAUGAAAUUAGAUCAUUUGUAUAUUGCAUCAUUUGUUGAAGAUCUUGUUAAAGGAAUGAUUUAUAUUCAUGAUUCCGAAUUGAAAGUUCACGGAAAUUUAAAAUCAACUAAUUGUUUGAUCACUUCGAGAUGGGCACUUCAGGUAAUUUUGAAGCUAUUUAUAAAACAUCACCAAAAUUAAAAAAUUUUCCAGAUAGCUGAUUAUGGCCUCUAUGAAAUUCGUGAUGGAAUGCACUGGGAUGAUAGUCAUACAAUGUGGGAGAACUUCCUUUGGACAGCUCCUGAAUCUAUGACUAUAUCUGGAUGUCAUGUUACUCGAUUGCCACCAACACAAAAAUCUGAUGUUUAUUCAUUUGGAAUUAUUCUUCACGAAAUAUUCACAAGAGAUGGACCUUAUCAACUUUGUAUAAAUAGUGAUGAAAAUGAGGAUGAGAAAAUGUUGAAGGAAGAUCAAUUUGAGAAAAUUGUGCGGAGAGUUUAUAAUGAUCCGAAAUUCCGGCCAAGUGUGAAAGAAGUUGAGGCACAGAAUUAUAUCAAAGAUGUUAUGAAUGCUUGUUGGAGUCAUCAACCACAUCAAAGACCUGAUUUUAAAAAUGGUAUUAGAAAUCGAUUGAAACCUCUUUUCACUCAAAUUUAUAAACGGAAUAUUAUGGUAAGAUUUUUUUUGGAAAAUUUGAGGUUCAAUUUUUUUCUUGAUUUCAGGAUCAUAUGAUUUUGAUGAUGGAAAAAUAUCAAACCCAAUUAGAAGAUCUUGUUGAAGAAAGAACCACUGAAUUACGAGAAGAACAACAAAGAAGUAUGCAUUUGUUACAAAGAAUGCUUCCACCAACAGUUGCUGAACAACUUCUUGCUGGACGAGAUGUUGUUCCUGAAGCAUUCCCAGCUGUUACUAUCUAUUUUUCGGAUAUCGUUGGUUUCACAUCGAUUUCUGGAGAAUCGACACCAAUGCAAGUUGUUGAAUUUUUGAAUAAAUUGUACACUUUAUUUGAUGGAAUUAUUCGGAAAUAUAAGGUUUAUAAAGUUGAGACAAUUGGUGAUGCAUAUAUGGUUGUUUCGGGUUUACCGCAAUUUAAAUGUAAAGAGUUCCAUGCGGAAGAGAUGGGUUAGUUUUAGACAAAAAGGAAUUCUCGAAAUUUUUAUAUUUUCAGCUAUGAUGUCACUUCAUUUAUUAUGCGCGGUUAGAAAUUUUGUGAUUCCCCAUCGACCAAAAGAACAAUUAAUGAUUCGAAUUGGACUUCACACUGGUCCAUGUGUAGCUGGAGUUGUUGGAAAAACAAUGCCACGAUACACAUUAUUCGGAGAUACUGUAAAUACAGCGUCGAGAAUGGAGAGCAACGGAGAGGCUCUCAAAAUUCAUUGUUCACAAUCGACGCAAAAUGUUUUGAAUAGUCUCAAAGGAUUCAUCCUGGAAGAACGUGGAAAUUUGGCAAUCAAGGGAAAAGGACAAAUGACAACUUAUUGGUUGAAUGGAAGAAGUGGUUAUACAUUUGAUGAUUUGGAAGAUAUGAAACAGGAUAAAGAUGCUGAAAUAUUCCCAAGGCAACAUAAAAUUCGAAUGGAUCGCGGAUCUAAUUGGGGUAUGAACUUCAAGUUUUCUAAAUAUCUAAUCUGAACCAGGAUCUUCUUUUUUUAAAUAGUACAAUUCCUGUUUCCGGAAUUCUGAAAAGUUUCCAAAAAUCAAUUUUCUAGGUAUAAAUCGAGAUUCAACUUUAUCAUUGGCUGGAGAAAAAGGUUCAUUUAUGAAGCGUGGAUCAGGAUUAACUAAAAACUUGGAUGUUUGUUAUUAUAAUUCGACAAAUGGUGGAUUUGCUUCGAUCGGAACUUCGAAUCGAGAAAUGCCAAGUGUUUGUGAAGAUGAUGGAGAAAGUAUUCAACAACCGAUUAGACAAAACUCGAGAAAAAGGUUGGUUUUUGAGAUCUAAAUUUACUGCUACAGUAAACUGAAUCUGUAAUUUUUAGAAGUAGUACUUCUCGAGGCUUCGCGACUUCUCGAAAUUUCAAUUCAACGAUUUCAAAUGCACAAAUUGAACAUGAGCCAUUGGUUAUGCGAAAAAGGUCAACUUCUCUUCCCGAUGGUGAAAAAUUGAAUCUUGAUUUUCUGGAGAUUUGCUCAACAAAUUGUUCAGUUCCAACAAUUCCAACAAUUUCUGCAAAUGUUCCUAUCGCAACUGUUGCUCCACAAAGAGCUGGACAUUUAAGAAGAAGUGAUACAUUUGAUGGAUCUUCACCUUCAGAUUCACCUUCAAAUAGUCAAUAUCCAUCUUAUCGUGAUUUAACAACACCACAUCAAAGAAAACGGGGAAUUGCAACAGUUUAUCCAAUGAGAAAACGAAGUUUAUCGUGUGGAGAUGCUUUGCCACAUGUUGGAACACUUUUGGAUAAAACAAGUUGUGUUUUAACGACUGCGCAAUCACCAAGGAAUAUAUCGAAAAAUAUAAUGAGACCAACAAGUCCGUUAGAGGAAUCGUAUGAUGAUGAAAAAUCAUUGAUUGGAAUUGAACAUCGAAACAACAGUGAUAUACUUCGAAGUUGUCCACAACAUCGGCGAAAAAAUAAAAGAUCAUUUUUGCGAGAUCCAUCACCAUUAGCAAGAAGAUUUCGAGAAGCUUCACCAUUUGGUAGAAAAUCAUUUUGGAAUUCAUCACAAAACAAUAACAGCCCAUCGAGAGGCGAUUCAAUAACAAGACUUAUUAGAAAAUGGAGAGGAGGUAACGAGUAUGAAGAUCUCAAUGAAUAUUGCGAAGAGAAUGGCAGAGUUAAUCGAUCGAUAUCUUGUUCACCAAUUGAAGGUGGAAAUUCGACUGAUAAUUCUGAACCUCUUCUAAUUAUCGCAACUAACGAGGAUAAUUUAACAGAGCGGGUGUGA